AUGAGCCCUCUUCUACUUGGGGCGUUCCUGGCCGGGCACGUCUCACACGUUCUCGCCUUUCGCCGCGGCGAAUGGGAUAACCACGCGCAGCGCAUCAUUGCCGGCGCUGGGCUGCUUGGCCUGGCCUCCGCCGCCGCCCUCCACGCCGCCGCCCCCGCGGAUGGCUGGCUAACGUCUCUAAGAACUGCCACGAGCUUGGCGCUGGCGGCGGCGGCUGGCGUGUUGGUCAGCAUGCUCGCGUACCGGACCUUGUUCCACGCGCUGCGUCGGUAUCCCGGCCCGUUUGCCGCGAGACUGUCGAGCGCGUACAUCUCCUACACCUCGCGGCGCUUUCGCCUGCAUGACGAACUGGAGAGGCUACAUAAGGAACACGGCGACAUUGUGCGGAUCAGCCCCUCGACGAUCUCGGCCCGCAAGCCCGAGGCUGUCCAGGCUGUUCACGGGCCUAGGUCGAAGUGCUACAAGGGCCCGUGGUACGAGCAGGGUCGGCCGCUCGUAGCCCUCAGCAACAUCAGGGACAGGACCGAGUAUUCGGAUCAGCGCCGGAUCUGGGACCAAGGACUGAAUGCGGCAGGUGAGCUACCUGCCUUCCACUUCGAAACUACACCCCCAUCAUCACAAAGACCACGCAGCGGCUCCUGCAACGCAUCGAAGGCAGCCGCGGACGCCUCGACGCCAGCAAAUGGUUCAACUAUUUUAGCUUCGACGUCAUGGGUUGGAUGGCCUUUGACCGACCCUUUUGACGUGCUCUCCACUGGCGAGCCCACCUACUGGAUGAAGCUCAUCAGCAAAAACCUCGACCUCAUCGGUGUCCUUGCCCACGUGCCCUGGUUCUUUCUGCUACUGAAGGAGACGCCCAUCUUCAAGGCGACGGUCAACACGUUUCGUGCCUGGCUGCGUAAGCAGGUCACCGUGCAAAUGGAAAGACUACCAGAGACCUCGCGGAGCCUCUUUGCUAGCAUCUUGAAGGAUUUUCCGUCGGAGGAACUGCUGACGGAGAAGCAGCACCUGCAGCUUCAAGGUGACAUGCUUCUGAUUCUUAUUGCUGGGAGCGACACGAUAGCUAUGACGCUGCAGGCCCUCUUCUACGAGCUAUGCAUCAACCCGGACGCGCAGCGGAAAUUGCAGCAAGAGAUUGACAAGUACCUCACCGAGCAUGGCGGCGGUGGCGGCAAUGGCGGCGAGGACGGCGAUGGGGAUGGGUCUCGUGACCCGGUGAGCCUCGCCAGGCUGGACCACCUCCAGGCGUGCGUCAACGAGGCCCUGCGGCUCUGGUCGCCCGUGUCCUGCGGCGCUACACGGUCUCGCUGGCACCGGGAUUCACUCGCGAGGACUUUGAGGCUGGUCUGA